AACAACAUGGCGGCUCGUCGAUUUGGAAUAUUCUGCGGAUGAAAAUAAACUGGCUGCUCUGAAAAUCUAUAACUUUAAUUCCGACACUUUAUCGGAAUCUCUAGACGCGAAUAGUGGCUAAUUAACUCAAUUAAAUUUCCAUAAAGGCAGCUCUUUUUAAAUUAAACCACCACGAAUUGUGCAAACCCGGACGGAUGCUAUAAUUUAAGUGCGUCGCUGAAAGAAAUCCAUUUAUUUACAUUAUUUCGCGAGACACCUCCGCCUGUCUGCUUUUCCUUUUGUUUAUUUUUAUUUCAAUUUCUUUUAUAGUCUGCACGCGCGUGUGUUGCAAAUAAAAAAGGUUUCGUAUUCGAUUGAAAAUAAUUAAGUGAAUAAAAGUGUUAAAAUAAAUAAAAAGUGUUAAUAAAUUGAAAACAAAAGCAAAAAUCCAUAAGGUUGAGUGCUGGUGUCUGAUGUUCUCUUCCUUGGGAAGGACAUCGUAUAUUUUGUGUAGUUUUUGACGUUUUUCUUCAUUUUUUGUGUUCUUAUUUCAUUUUAUUUUGUCUGUGUUCUUAAGUAAAAGGUGCACUAGCAACAGCAACCAGCGCGAGCGGCGGCAGACAAGUUGUAGCCAGCAGCUGUUUUCAGGGGGGUGCAUGCACAGAUGAGGCUUUACUCCCCUCCAGUCAUAGAACACAUCAAAUGCAGUAGGAGCAGUACCAACAACAACAACAACAACAACAACAACAGCAACGGCUCCAUUGCCUUCCAACGAAACUACACCAUCAUCAGUUUCUGCUAAGGCUCAAGGGAUGAAAUCCUACGUUCUCGGGCUAAGUCUGCUCACUCAGUCUACUGCUCGUCAUCGGCUUGGUCUGCAUCAGCAAAGUAGUCAAAAGCGGCAAAAGCAACAGCAGCGAGAAACUUUAAUUGGAUCGAGUUAAUCCUCAUCGUUCUCCCACACUUUUUUAGCCCGUUCGUAUCUUCUUCUGCAUUUGGCCCGGCCCGACCCGAUUCUCUUUUAGUUUUUUUUUUUUUUCGUCUAACAAAUGUGAUUUCCGUGUCCCGUACAGCAAAACAACAACAACGAAAGUUGGAAUAAAAGUUAAAUCUAAAAUAAAGUUGCCAAUUCAUCCCUUAAUUCCCAUUCUCAUCGUAUUCUAUUGUACUGUCCUUUAUAGUUCUGAAUUUAAACGUAGCCAUUUGGAGCCUAUACAUCAAGCUGAAUCCACCCUCAUCCUCGUUCCCGUCCCAAUCCCCGUCUCUGUGCCCUCCUCAAAUCCUUAUUCCGGCCGCCGCGUUCGCGUGUGAAUGUGAAUCCGUAUAAUGGUUGAUAUGCAAAAGAGCGUCUCGGUCCAAGUAGAUAGUGAUUUUGCCCUACUAUUGCCCAGCGGUGUUUACGAGAUCAAAAAAAUGGAACCACGCUCCAAAAUUCGGACAAUUAUUAUAUUUUGCUUGUUCCUUGCGAUAGCUGGUAUCAUAGGAUUUGGAUACUUCUGCAAUGAUCAGGUGUGUGCCCUAACAAAACGUGGAAUGAUGCUACAACCGGAUAUCCUGCCAUUCAAUGAUGCAGUUUCCCAAUAUCAUCGUGGAGUUGCUGCGGUAGCAGCAGCACAAGCCGUUACCUCCUCCGUUAGCAAAUCAAUGCAACAAAAUAUCAUAGCAAAUGCAGGACUCAGCUACGAGGAUGUUCUUAACGAUGACUUCCAAUUCGACAUGGACGGACAUGAUGUCAUGGUCUUUCUCCACAUACAGAAAACGGGUGGCACUUCCUUUGGAAGACAUCUUGUACGUGAUUUGGAUUUGAAGCGCCCUUGUGAAUGUCAACGUCAAAGAAAGCGUUGUUAUUGCUUCCGUCCACAUCGGAACGAAAAUUGGUUAUUUUCCCGCUACUCAACUGGAUGGAAAUGUGGCCUUCAUGCUGAUUGGACCGAAUUGACGUCUUGUGUGGACCAGGAGCUUGACAAAAAUGAAGGAGAAACCGCCAAGCGGAGAUACUUCUACAUCACACUACUAAGAGAACCUAUCUCACGAUAUAUGUCUGAAUACCGACACGUGAGGAGGGGUGCCACAUGGAAAGGUUCCAGGCACUGGUGCUUAGGUCGACAAGCAACAGCUGCUGAAUUGCCACCUUGUUAUAAAGGCAAAGAUUGGCUUCACGUAACAUUAGACGAAUUCGCUGCGUGUGACAGUAAUCUCGCAGCCAACCGGCAGACACGCAUGUUGGCUGAUUUAGCUUUAGUUAAUUGCUACAAUAAGACUUCGAUGCCGCACCAUGAGCGGGAUCGAGUAAUGCUAGCAAGCGCUAAGCGCAAUCUGGCAGCUAUGGCAUAUUUUGGACUCACAGAGUUUCAAAAGAUGUCGCAAUACAUAUUUGAAGAGACGUUCAAUCUUCGCUUUGCAAUACCAUUUGAGCAGCAUAACACUACGAUUUCUGUGGCAGCUGUAAGUAAUCUUCGUCCAGCCCAAAAGAAACAUAUUGAGCAGCUAAAUAGUCUCGACAUGGAGCUGUAUACAUUUGCCAAAAAUCUCCUUUUUCAAAGAUUUCAACGGCUAAAAGCAAAAGAUGCUGAUUUUGAAAAACGCUACGCCAAUCUUGGCAAUAUCAACUACAAACAAGGUGUUACUGAAUUUAACUGGGAUAGUAAUAUCGAUGAAACAGCAAGCACGGAUCAUUAAUAAUAGUUUAAUAUUAAAGUAAACCCAAGGAGUAUUUUUUAAUAGAUUUAUAAAAACCUAAUAAUUUAAUUACCCGCAGCUAAAUGUAUGCGUUCUCAUUUUACGCUCAUGAUUUUAUUUAUCUUACAAAAUUAUAAAAUACAUAUUGUUUAUACAAAGGAUUCAUGUGAAACUGUUUAACUGUUGUAUAUAUAGUAUAAUAUAAUAUUAGUCAUUAGUUUUAUACAUUUUUAUUAU